UUUUUGAACAGGAUGUUAUCAUCAAUCAUGAUUGGCAUAUUGGUAAUAAUAGCACUGAUUCUAGCUGCAUGCACCAGUGGCAUCUCUCCGAGGCGCUUUGAAUUUGAGAGAGGCAGUCGAGGGGUUGUACCUUGUCCUGCUAUGCUGGAUAGAGGCUAUUCAGCAAGUGACACCGAAGCGAUCUACUGGUAUUUCUUACCGGAGGGAAGCUCGCAUUCCCCGGAAAGUAUAAUAAUUUACUUCCACGGGGAUACUACUCAACAAAUCGUUAAUCCCGAGCGGUAUGAUAUUCAAAAUACCUCGUUGGUGAUCACCAAUGUUACCAAGUCGGCAGAAGGCAUAUAUAGCUGCACGUUUGUUCCGUGGGAUGGAGCAUCCGAAAAAGGAUCGGUUGAAGUGUCAGAAAGGGUUUCCUGCAAAUCAAAAUGCCCCAAGGUUUCUCUGUAUAUCGACGAUCAACUGACAUUGAAAGGUACAGAUUCAUCCAACACAGUUGAAGUGCCAUCCGACAUAGCUGAUCUCAAGUUGACAUGCAGUGUAGAACAUGCUAAGCCGGCUGUGAACAUCAGUUGGUUCGUCUUGUUUCCACUUUUGAACAGAUGGGAGGAAAUUCCGGCCAAACCUCGUGUUCAACCUGCUUCCUGCGAAACCGAAUGUUUCUUUGUAUACGGCACGUUUAACUCCGAUGUGAGAUUCAAGGCAUCACUUAGAAGUAACAACUUAACCUUCAAGUGUGUAGCAAACAACAGUAUCCUUGAAGACAUCGAAGUGACGAUCAAAACUCAAAAUGAUAUUGUGACUGCUAACCCACAAGAAGUGACAGAUCGUGCAAAUUCUGGCUUGAAUGAACCAACGACGCCGAUGCCAAACCUCACUAUGGGAAUAGGUAUCUUGAUCAUUCUGGUGACUGCUACGGUCUUAUUGAUGAACAUAGUGCUGGUGGUCCUACAUUUGUUUUUGAGGCAUAGACAUUUGAAGCGGUUGGACAACAAUCCAAGACACCAAGAAGAACCAAAGUUCGACAACUUAUUAGUCCGAAGGGUUAAUAUGAAGUAAAUUCUUUAUACAAAUAAAGAAGUGGGAAAACGGUUCCAGAAACAACAGUCUGUUGAAUGAAAAGGGUCAGUAUUUAUAAGCCAGGAAAUCUUGGAUAGCAUGCAGCCGCAUGACUUUGGUAAUUGAAGAAUAGUAAAGCCUCGGUCACAACCCACCGUGCGUGUUUUUUUGUCCGUACGUUUUAAUGAGAGGCCAGGGCCGCCACGUUUUUCUGAAAACUUGGGGAGGGAGUACUUGUUUGUGCUUUUUUGGGUGGUGUUUGGGGAGGCUCUCUGCUAUCAUUGUCCUCGGGCCCAGUGGGUUGGCAUGAAUCUGUGAGGGUGCACUCUGUGCCAAUUUUAUUUUUUAUUUUAUUUUUCUGAGGGUUUUUAAGUCCAUUCUAUGUUUUUUUAUUAUUUUCAAUUGUU